CACAAAAAAACAAAAAAUAAAAGGAGAGAGAAGGAGAGCCAGUCUUGGUUGUGGAGGACCGAAUCUCAAGUGUUUGAAACAGGGUCUGAACAUAGCAGGUACUUCAUAAGUAUUUGUUCAGUCAAUUUGUGCUCCUCUGUAUACUGUACUCUGUAUACUAACUUACCAAUCCUAAGUGACUUUAGGAGGCAAAGAUUAGGGUGGUGCAUACAGAUGAAGGUAUUCAUAUUAACAGAUGCUAACUUUUAAGAUAUGAAUUUCCUUCCAACCCCUUUGAAUUUCUGGAAGUCUGUCUCUGCUCUCCACUGGCAAUCCCUCACUCUCUCUAGUUAAUGAGACAUACCCCUAGGAGAAGAUGCAAUGGAAGCCGUUCUCACAAUGCCCUGGGCUCUUUGAAUAAGAGAAACCAAAGGAAACACGCGAAAAUAAAGGGGCUAAAAAUGAGCUGGCUGCAAAGUCUUGGAGCCCCACACUGCGGAGAACUGAAGUAGAAGCUGGGCGCCUUUGAGUCACCACCAAGAUCAGCCGGAGGUGCGCCCUGCACGUCCGCUUUAGGAGGGAGAGACACGCCUUCUUCUCACACAAACCUUCCAGAUCCCGGCGUCUCGGCGGACUCGGGGUGGUGCUACAAGUCCUGCCACUUGCAGUCCUGACGGGCAGGGGCUGGGGGCCGGCUGGCCGGCGUUGGAUCGAUCCAGCGCCACAGGUUGGAAACACAGGCGCUGUCCCCAGGACUGUUGCCCUGGAAGGGAGAUCCCAGGGCGAUUGCCGCUGUCGGAGCCCAGGACUUCCAGGGCUCAGGCAAGGGGAAGGCAACCUCUGAAACCUGACACCUCUCGCCCAGGAAACUUCACAGGCUGGCCCACCAAAACCAUCACUAUGACCGAUGGGGACUAUGAUUAUCUGAUCAAACUCCUGGCCCUUGGAGAUUCCGGGGUGGGGAAGACGACAUUUCUUUAUCGAUACACAGAUAAUAAAUUCAAUCCCAAGUUCAUCACAACAGUAGGGAUAGAUUUUCGGGAAAAACGUGUGGUUUAUAACACACAGGGAUCAAAUGAGUCAACAGGGAAGGCAUUUAAGGUGCAUCUUCAGCUUUGGGACACUGCAGGACAAGAGCGAUUCCGGAGCCUCACCACUGCAUUUUUCAGAGAUGCCAUGGGUUUCUUAUUAAUGUUCGACCUCACCAGUCAACAGAGCUUCUUAAAUGUCAGAAACUGGAUGAGCCAACUGCAAGCAAAUGCUUAUUGUGAAAAUCCAGAUAUAGUAUUAAUUGGCAACAAAGCAGACCUGCCAGACCAGAGGGAGGUCAACGAACGGCAAGCCCGGGAACUGGCUGACAAAUAUGGCAUACCAUAUUUUGAAACAAGUGCAGCGACUGGCCAGAAUGUGGAAAAAGCUGUGGAAACCCUCCUGGACUUAAUAAUGAAACGAAUGGAACAGUGUGUAGAGAAGACCCAAGUCUCCAACGCUGUCAAUGGCGGAAGCUCCGGGAAGCUGGAGGGGGAAAAGCCAGCAGAGAAGAAAUGUGCCUGCUAGAGGCUACCCAAGGAACUGAUCAUCCAGAACCCCACACAAGCAUCUCUUCCAAAAACAAUGACAAACCACCCAAUUGUUGUUGCGUAGACCAUGCAUAAUGGCAUGUCUUUCUUUUUCUGCCAGAAAACUCUAUUUUAAGACACCAGAAUAGUUAACAGGGUUCAAAAGAAUUGACCUGUUGUCCCUGAGGCCCCUCUAAACAAGAUGAAAGAUUUCCCAAUGUCACCAUACCAUCCAUGGAUGCUCAGUUUGUUUUUCUAAUAAAGAAGAUAAGGCUAUAAAAGAGCACACAGGAAGAAAUACCAGUGAGUUUUAAAUUGGGACCAAAGUUACCUUGUCACAUUGGGGACAAGAAUAGGCUUCCAAAGGGACAACAUAGAGAGAUGAUUUUUUUAAAAAAGAUUGGAUUUCCUUCUUAUAUAGAAUCUGAUUCGUACUUUUAGGUUUGCAUUGGGCAAAACAUACUAGCUAAAAACACCUACACAAUAAAGAAUUCUAAGUGGUUCAUUAAGAGUGACAUUACCACGUACACCUUACAAGCUGUGCUAGAAUGACUACAUUACUGAUCAGGUUACAAGAGCAUGAAUAUCAUACUUCUGAGAAAAUGUAAGAGAUGGGGUGAUAAUGCCAUUUGUAUAUUCUUAGUAAAUGGUAGAUAGACAAGAAUAGGACUGUGAAUGACAGAGGACAAGAGACAUGCCCAGGGAGAAAAGUGAAGGUAUGGAGACAUGGCAUUUGGACAACUGAAAUUAAAUGUAUCUGUUUCAGAUGUCUCGGAGAGUAACUUAGCCAAAUUUCAUUCAAGCCAAUUAGAAGCUGAUAUUAUCAGUUGCGAGUAAGAGUCUCCAGAGGUUUCCAUUCCAAACAUUUUAGAAACUGGUGUAGCGCUCAGCUUUGCAUUUCAUAUUUCUGAGCAAAUCAUGAUUAAAUAAUCACAAAGAGAAAUUAAAGAUGGCUGUUUAUUAAAUAUCUCUUUAAAAAUGCACUCAAGAAAAAACUAUUCAGCCUUAAUUUUGUAUGAUAAGGUAUGUUGGCGAUAUGAAAAAAAAAAAAGGUGACUGUUAAUUGUAGGUUUCUUUUUAAUUUACAUUGUACCAGAAACUCUAAAUCUCAUUUCUUCCUUCCAAUGCAUACUCACCCCUGGCUUUGAAUCAGUUGUAAAAAUACAGGUGUGUCACUUUGUAGAUCAACAACUUUAGAAUAAUGUUGGAUCAAUUUUAUGGUCACUCUGAAUUGUCAUGUCAUUCAUCACAUAAAAAUGGAUGAUACUUUAUGCCAUAUUACAGUACAUUUAGCAUCUGUUUUUAUUUUGUCUCAGGCAAAGCACCCAUGAUUGAACUCUAUUUGGAGGUUAGCAGAGAUAGAGAUGCAUCUUAUCUCACCAAAAAAUUGGUAAAUUGCUUAAUUUGUGUAAUAAAUCUGUCUUUUCUUUCUAAAUAUGAUCACAAAAGCAUUUUCCAUCAGCCUAUUCUUAUUAAUGUGUCUAAACUACUAUCACAUUCAUUUUUUGUUUUAGUUUCUGAUAAACAUAAGCCACUCCUAUUAAACUAUUAAGUCAGUUUUAUCAAUAACAAAGGCAUAAUACUUUGUUUCCUCUUUUCAUUAUGAAUAUAUGAUUUUUCUACAGAAUAUUUUCUCUUUGUAGAACAUUUUGCCAAUUAAACUUCACUUUUCUAUACUCUCCAUGUACUUUCUGGUUAAGUUACAAACAUUGGAAACUCCAAACCCAGUCCCCUGCCUUUAGCCUCCAUCUACCAGUUUCCAUCUGGUAUGAAUCUGUUCUAGGCAGAUCCAAAGGAUUGUCUAGUUAUGAGACACAGCAAUGUGCUAUGAAUCUAGGUAAUCGGGAAGCUUUGAUGGUGUAGGCCCUUAACAGAUUAGCAGGUUCUCAGUGUUAACUGCCCAGUUCCUCUGAUUUCUGCAGCAUAAAGCCAACUUCUAAUAUUGGUUAUGAUUAUGUAUUCCCUUCCAGGAUUUUUUUUUCUUUCUAUGAUGCUAUUCAUGACCUCGGUGCCUGUGCCAAGAGCCUCGGUGCCUGUGCCAAGAGGGUAGAAAGCUAUUAGCUAACAUCAAAGAUGUUUCUUUUGGAAUAACCAUGAGCAAAAACAAUGUAACCACUCUUGUGGCAAAAUCUGGUGAACGUUGGUGGUCAUUAAAUCUAUUUCGCCUUUGGAUUCAAAUUGUAAUAUCCCAGCAUUUCCAUUACAGGGAAUAUUUAGCCUUUCUAAAAUCCAAAAAACAUUCUAUUUUGGAUAUGUCUUUUUGUUUCUAUUUAUUUUCCAAUUAUGUGGCUGAUUUACUUAUGCCAAGAUUCUAUCAUUGUCAGUUAUUUAACAAGUGCUUAUUCAGGGUCUAUUUUAAGAUUGUUAUUUGAUAGCCAUAGCAUAAAGCAGAGGGUGAUGAUGCCCAUAAUUAUAGAACUAUUCCUAUAAAAAUAGCAAUUAUUGGGUAGUAAUCUCAAAAGGAAUGAAAUUUAAAACAGACAGGAAAUUAAUUAAAAAUAAUACCUACCUAUAAAUAAAAAUUUGAUCUAAAAAAAUAGUUCCUCUGUCAAAUUUGACCUAAGUUCCCAAACUCUGUGUAACCAUUACUAGUGAUUCCUUCUUUUAUUAUUUCGGAAUUAAUUAUUUUGUAGAAUUGAUUUUACAAUUUCAAGUUGAUUUGGGGCCAUGAAGUAUACAGCCUGCUUUGAAAGAGUCUUAUACACCCUUUAACAUACAACAAUAUUUAUUGCUCAUCAUGUCCCAAAUACUUUAGUAAAGCAUAUUGUUUCUUGGAGAAUUAUUUAAAAUAUACAUGAAAUUCCUUUCUGAUAUAGAAACCAUUUCUGGAGUGUUUACACUGGUUUGAUGUUUACAUUACUCUGACACAGUGCCUCAAAUGCCUCUGUGACCAAAUUUGUCUCCAAUCACAUAGUUCUUUUCCUGUAAUACCAUGUUACAGGAAGUUCUCUCAGAGACCCAAGUGCAGCUAUGUAUUCCAAUAUCUUAGGCAAAGAGUAUAGGGAUGUUAUUCAAAUCUGGAAAUUAUUACCACCAUCUAUCUCCCAGCUCACUUCCUGUGGCAUGGGCAUUACUUGAGACUCGAACUGUGAUUAGGUACAAGGUUACCUCUUACUGUAAAAAUAGAAAAAAAUACUUUGAAAAAUGUAUCAAAAAUAGUUGAGAGAACAUGUUUGUCUUGGUGUGAUGAGGGCAACAAGUCACAAACUGGCAGAGAAAAUGCUAAAUGCUGGGUAUUGAGCUGAUGGGUUUCUACCUAAGUGUUUUAAAACUCUGACCAGUCACCCCUCUAGCCAAUUGGCUAUUAUUUCCAUAUUAUCAGCUAUCACAGUGCAAAAUAAAUUCAAAACCAGCAUUUCCUAAAGGAAAUAUUUCAUCUGUUUUUAACCAGAUGGGCCAUUCUAUGUAUCAGUAGGUGUCUUUGUUAUGUUUCUAAUAUAAGUUAUUCUCUGCCAAUCUGAACAGAUAAGAGGGACUGGGCAAGAAUUUUUUUAUCAGACUUUUCUUGUGUCCUUUAUAAGAGAGAGAAGCUUGAUCAGAGAGAGAAGGAUGGGCUACAUUAAAAGACAGUUUAAUAGCAGCCAAAAUUUUCUUUAAAGUGUAUAUUUGUCCACCGGGAAGCAACAAAUUUGAUGAAGCUCAUACAGCAUUCUCUUCAAUGGAGCAGGUGCAUCAGUUAGAGGGGGAAGCAAUGUGUGUUAGAGAUACAGUGUAUAACUAGGGUAGUAAAUGACCUGGAACCUCCUGUCUACGAAACAAUUUUUCACUGUUCUGUGUCUCUGUUAGUUUUUUUAAAAAGGUACAUGUGCUCUCCUCGUUAUGUAUCACAUUAAAAUGUUGAGGGAGGAAACUCAUCCAUAAAGAAUUUUGGAGUUUAAUCUAAAACUCAAACUGUAAAGAGAAUAUUGAAGUUUCUGGUCUCCUAAGAUACUAAUAAAAGGGAGCUCUGAGAGCCACAUUAGCCAACGUAAUAGAAAAGUUGUCUUUCGCCUUCUGGUCUCAAGCUUUAAUGCAUUAAAGUCUACUGUAUUUGAAUAUUUUAGGGAAAACUUUAUCAUUUUUAAAGAUGUCAAGAUUCUGUCUAUAUUUGAAAAGGCUGUCUAAGAAUUCACCGAAAGCUAUAUUUUCUUCUUGAACUUUGACAGAGGUGAUAGAAGCUUAUUUCUAGGGAGAGUGCUAAGCUCUUAAACAUGGGAAAUAGAUAGAAAAUAUUAUCUGAGAUGAGUGUUGUCUCAAUGCUUUAUAAAUCUAUGGAGAUAAGGUCUCAUAAAGUAGAACCGAUUUUUAAAAAAAUAGUUAGAUAAAUAGGGAAUUUUAUAAACUUAUUGCCUUGGGGUUCCUGGGGGGAGACCCAACCACGAUGAUAUUGUUGAGCAAAAACUGUAGUGAUCAGAGUUUAAAGUUGGCUAGAGUUCCUAACUGUGGCAGAAUAUGGAGAAGACCAUGCUUAAAAGGUUGAUUUUUAGGUAGGAAAAAAAAAAAAAAGCAAAACACUUACUAACAGAGUUUUAUAACUAGAUCAGUGGCAAAUACGUAUCCAUUAUUUUUAUCUACCAAGUAGAGGUUUAUGCCCUUAGAACUAAGCUAAUAAAAAUGUUUAAAUACCAGAUAUUUCAUUAUUGGCAUCAACAUUCAGGAAUCUUAGAAACAUUUUAUUUAUUCUAUCUGAAUCUAAUUUUCUCAUAAAAUGCAUUUUAACUUUUAAUGAAGUAGCAUCACAUAGAUGCUGUUCUGCAGAGCUCUUUUUUUUUUUUACAGUUAUGGUUGUAAUAUUUUCUAAUUUCACACUUAGAAAAAAAUAACAAACAAAAAUAUGAAUACAAAAAUAAUAAGGCUAUUUAAAAGGAUGUCAUCUUUUGAGUUAAAAAAAAUACAAAUAAAGUCUUCUUUGCAUUGAGUUAUUUAAAUUUGUUUCCCAGUACCUUUUCUUUCCAACAGGUCAUGGAUAUUAGUCAUGGCUAAUAUCCCUCAGUUGACUUAGUCUUUAACCAUCAUUACCAAAUGCUCUAGGAGCCACAUGUCUGUCCUUAAUCUAAUGGAUCCCUUAUUUAACCAGCGACUGUUGUCUGUUGGCACAUCAAAAUAGAAUCUGUUGCUAGUAAAGUACUAACAUGUGCUUAUUUAUCCUUACUCUUCUAUUCUCCAGGUUAUUUUUUCAAAUGCUCUUUGAGAGGAAGCCUAGUAUUGCAUAAAGGAAAGUAGCUGAAAGAACAAUUUGGGGGCCAUAGGUCUGUCAUUAAAUAUGGCUCUUCCUCUUAGGAGGCUUAUAAAUCCUCUGUGCCUCACAGGGCUCAUUUCAGGCCCAAAGGAGGACAUAUAUAGAAAUUGGUUUGUAAAUGAUGUUCCAUUUCAUAUGCUGACACAGUUAUCCCAAUCUCACAGUCAUAUAUUUUCACAAUCACUUGUGAAAAGAAGUGCCAUAGCAGGGACAAAACAAAUUUUAGCAGAGCUUUUGGAAGUUUUAAAUGGGUAGUUGGCUUGUGGUCACUGUACUUCAUUGAAAAUGCUUAAUAUAUUUCAAGUUAUUGAAAAAGAUAGGAGUUCUAUUUCAUUUUGUAUGUCACCUUGUAUUACUUUCAAGGAGUCUAAUUACGUCCUAGAUAGUAUAUUACAAUUUGGUCAAAACCCUCCUUGUAUAAAUAGGGCUUUUGUGUCCAUAGCCUUGUAAAAGAUACUGACUGUAUCUGAAGUUGAAGAUAAGUAUGUUAUCCUGCUUAAUAUGUUAAAAGCAUAAUGUGCUGACAACACUGAAGUGCAUCACUAUAUUCUAAUGGUCCACCUUUAAACGACAUCCUCAUUUUUAGGCUAAGCACAUUUGAUUGUUUUGUCUGUCAUCUACUCAGAUCUCUGUUUUGUCUAGUGCUAUGAAUGUAAAUUAAAACCCUAAACAUGGAGUUUUUAAUUCUCUGUGCCCCUGAAUAGACUGUGAUGCCUGACAAACUCUGUUAGGUCAUUAUUUUAUCGUACCAAAGUUCUAGUAGCUUCAGAAAUGAUAGCAUCCAAUGAUUUUGUGGUGUCUGGGUUUGAAUACUAGGGUUGAGAUCUGUGUUCAGUGAUCGUUUCUGCAGACUUUUCAAAUAAAAAUGCAUUUUUAUCAAUUA